UGAGACGUGAGCGAGAGAGAGAGAGAAAGUGAGUGAGCGAGCGAGACGGCCACUCGGGAAGGUGCCGAGGAAGCGGACUGCCCCUUCGUGCUGUGCACAAUUUCUAUUUGGUUUUCUGCAGUAGUCUACCACGGUCAGCCAGCCACCUCAAUGAAGAAGCACCAACCAGCGGGCUGCUGCCCUGCACGCAACACCCGAGACGAUUGGCGCCGCAGCCGUUAACUUUUCAAGCACCACAGAGGAAUGCGGUGGGCUCCCGCUGUUUGUGUCCGGGAAUGGCCAACCUGUGGACAAGCGGCUUGAUGCUGCUCACUCUGCUACCCCUCGGAGGCUCCGUGUGUCCUGACCGCUGCGACUGCCAGCAGCCCCAGCACCUCUUGUGCACCAACAGGGGUUUGCGAGCCGUGCCUAAGUCCACCGCCCAGAACCCAGAGGAGAUUCUCAUCUACAGUCUGGGAGGAAACUUUAUUCACAACGUGUCCUCCUUCGAUUUCAUUCGCUUCAGCCAGCUGAUCCGACUGGACCUGCAGUACAAUCAGAUUCAGCUUAUUCAUCCGAAAACUUUCGAGAAGCUUAUGCGGUUGGAGGAGCUCUACUUAGGCAACAACUUGGUAGGCAGCUUGCCUCCAGGUGCCCUGUUGUCCCUGAGGAAGCUGCGCAUUUUGUACUUGAACAACAACGAGUUGAAGAAGCUGACACAGGACGUCUUCUCCAGGUUGGACAGCCUGAUAAAACUGCGGCUGGACGGCAACGCCGUGGAAGCCCUGCAGGAAGACCUCUUCCAGUCCCUGACUAACCUCCUGUACUUGCACCUGGAGUCCAACCGAAUCCGCUACGUGCACAAGAACGCCUUUGCCAAGUUGGCCAAGCUACGCUUCCUCAACCUUUCUGGCAACAAGCAGACUGCGCUACGCAACGCGCACACUUUCGCGCCGUUGAGCUCGCUGACCACGCUGCUGCUGUCGGAGAACGACAUCCAGCUUGUGGGAAAUCGAGUGUUUGAAAGCCUUCAGAAGCUCUCUAAACUUUCCCUGAGCAACAACAAAAUCAGUAGCCUGGCCAGUGAGGCCUUUAAGGGUCUAUCGAGUCUCAGGGAGUUGCUUUUGGAUGGCAACCUCAUGGCAGACAUCCCCCAGGGACUGUUUGACUCCAUGGUGAAGCUGGAGCAGCUGGACCUUAGCAAUAACUUGAUCUCAAGUGUCCACCCCAGUGCACUUAAAGAGUUGAAAGCACUAAAAGUGCUAAAGCUUAAAAAUAACCGCCUCACGGCUUUGUCAGGGGCGGUCUUUUCUUUUAAUGGUGGGCUUUACAGCCUGGACUUGAAUGACAAUAUGUGGACUUGUGACUGCAGACUUCUGCAGCUUAAGGAAUGGAUGAAUUCAGCGCACUCCCAGGGAAAGCUGCUUACGGUGUUUGUUCAGUGUUCCCACCCUCCACUUUUGAAAGGGAAAUACUUGGACUAUUUAAACAGUUCUCAGCUGCAGGCCACAGGUAGUGUCCCUGACGCCUGCUUAUUUCCUCUGCCAGAUUCUGCCAGUUCCCUGAUCCAGGUCAGUGAGAAACAGGAGCUGCUGCCAGCAGGUCAGCAGAACAUUCAGGCAGACCAGGGUGGACCCGGAGAGCCAGACACUAGCAAAACAGGCAAGCCAAAGCGAAAAAAGGAGGCUGGUAGCAACCGGUCCCGACUUUUGACAACUGUGAAGUCUGUGCUUACUAAGGAUGCCUCCCCUGGAAAAGCGAGAUCUGCUGAUAAAAACAUCACAUUGAAAGCUACAGUGGAGGAAAGCAUACCUUCUCCUGGAACAUCUACAUCCCACCCUGUUCAAGCUAAAGCUGAGAAAUUUAAUCUACUUCAGCAAGAUGGGAUGGAGCUCCCCAUGGUGAGCGACCCGUGUGAGUUCAACAGGCACUUUAUCCUUAAUAUCACAGCGGAGCACGUGGCUUCCAAUACAGCAACCAUUCGGUGGAAAGUUCUUGCCCACCAAGGCCCCAAGAAUUCCUUGGUGCAUUUUAGGGUCCUUUUUGAUAGGUUUGGCCAACCUGUAAGAUUUCAUCGUUUCAUUUAUGUCAGAGAUCGGUCAAACACAAUCACUUUGCAGGAAUUAAAGGAAGACACCACAUACAUGGUAUGUAUCGAGAGUGUGAUUGCCGAGCAAGUGUGCCAGGUUGCCUCUAGAGAUCAUUGCACAGGGGUCGUAACACUUCCUGAGCAAAAAAGAAUAGUGGACUUCCAGCUGCUGACAGUAAUUAUGCUUGGUAUAAAUGCUUUCCUCGUUUUUAUGGUGGCAUCUGUGUGGAUCGCUAAAUUGCUGAGAAAAAGACUCAACAAAAGGAAGUCAGCAGUCCAUGUGAGACAGAUGUAUUCAACAAGGAGGCCUCUGCGCUCCAUGGGCACAGGGGUGUCUUCUGACUUUACAGGAUACCAGUCAAAUCGCCCUCGAAAUGCCAUGUGCACCAUUGAUGAGGCUGAUCUAAUUGAAUUCCCAUGUGACCGAUUUUUGGAAAGAAGGGAAGAAGUAAUUCAGCGAUUCCCCGAUUAAAAUUUGCACCAUGGAAUUCUCACAUGUUCCUACAGACAUCUUUUAGUUUAUGUAAAAUUUGAUGCUCUUAAGUGGUGUUUACACUUUUUAUAACAAAAGAAAACAAUCCCUUGAGUUCACAUUCAUCAUCAUGGUGAUUAAAGUUAUACAUUUAUCCAGCUAUUGCAAAAAAAAUAAACAAAACAAAAAAGAACCAAAACAUAAAGCCCGGUACCUGAAAUAAAGGUAUUCUUUUUCAAAUCUAUUGUUUGUCUUUUGGAAAUAAAAUAGUUUGUUUAGUUUGUAAGGGAAUAUAAUUAGAUGAAAACCAGAGACAUUAUUUGACUAUGAUAACUAGAAACAGGCCUGACAAGCCAAGAGAUAAAGAACUGCCUUUUAUCUCAGUGUAUGUAUGCAUUUUCAUAUUUUUAUAAACUGUAUGCAAAGGGUACUGUUCUCUUCUUAAAAUGUAAUUAUUUUUGAAAAAAAAAAGCCAUUGGUGACAUUGUUUUCCAUUUUAUGUCUUAAAAAACUGAGAACAAAACAGUUAAAAGUAGGAGUCCCAUUCCACCUUGAGAACAGUAAAAGAGAGGCUUUAUCCGUGUGCCUUUUUUUGUUUUAGCUACCAAAAUUUGUAUUUAGGUGUUUUAAAAUUGAGAUGCUUAGUAUCUUAGUUCUGAACCUACCUAAACAUCUGUUCUACUGUUAAGUGCUUUAUAAGGGUUAUAAGAAGUGGCCUUUAUAUGUAAUAUACUGUAUGUUUCUAAUGUACACAUGAAACAUUUAUACACACACGAUUCAUAAUUUUACUGAAUUCCAACACAAUGAAAUAAAAAUAGUUUCUAGAAUUAAUCUGCAGAAUCAAUUAUUCUGUCAUUCAUUAUAUUGAUCCAGAAUAUUACUAAUUUAGUUGGAAAGAAAAUAUAUUUAAUUUUAAGACAUGAUUGCUGUUGCAAUUAGUCUUACUAUCUGAUCAUUUUCCAAAGAAAGCACAGAUUGUAUUACUUGUGUUAUAGUGUAAGAGAGGAACUGCUUUGACUAAGUUAAUUAGGUUACUUUGAGCACUGUCUCAAGAUCCUAAAAGCAUGAGACAGAUUUUAAAUUCCCCCUGCAAUCCUGACUAGCCUGAGUGGGUUUAAGGAAAGAUGCAUCAAAUUAUUUAAACAAGUACAUAUAAGUUAAAACAAUAAAAACAAAUUUGUCAACCACCAUAUUUUUAAGUGUUUAAUGUAUCUCUCCUCCACCCAUUUGUUUUCCAAAUGUGCUUUAGCCAUUUAUAAGAUCACAAGAAGCCAGACCAAUCAGCUGUUGUGUAAGACAGGAAGAAACCCUAGAUGGGAUGCCAGGCCAUCAUGGGAAGCAAUCAUGCUGACGCCUACACUCACUGACAGAGUAAUUUGAAAUACUAAAUCCAAAUCCUCAGGGAAAAUCCAUGAGAACAUAAGGAGAAUAUGCACACCCCAUGCAGAUAGUGACUUGAACAGAAAUAAAAACCCUGGUAUUUGGAGUGAUAACACAGGAACCCUAAACCACUGUCCAAAUUUAGGAGAAAGGUAGAGUAUUUCUCAAUUUUGUACUUUUGCAUUUUACAUAAUUUUGUGAUAUAGCUAUGUACAUUUUGUUGUGUAUAACUAUAUACAUAAAUAUAGACGUUUUCCUUCAGGUGUUCUGGUUUUCCUCACAUCUCCAAAAUGUACUUUUUAGAUGAAUUGGUGAAUGUAAACUGGCUAUGUGGGUCUGGUGAUUGCCUGGCACCCAGUAGUGCCAAGAUAGGCUCUCGCCUCCUGUGAUCCUAAAUUGAAUUAAUGAUGUUUAAGAGCGUUAUGUUGUUACAAAAACCAAUAGCAAAGUGGAACCCUCAGUUAUUAAUGUUAAUAAUUUUAUCUUUCACUGUAAGAUUUACUGCACAUUCUGAUAGCCUACUCCUUUUGCCACACAGGGCGUAUUAAUGAAGAAAUGUUUAGAACAGGAAUACAAACAAUGUGAAAAAAAACUGCAAUUCUAAAUGCAUAGAGGAUUUUUUAAAACUCUUUUAGGUACAUGUUUUUUUUUCCUUUUGGAAACUUACUGCCACCUGGCAACUUGGAAUCUGUAUGAUUUCAGAAGAAGUGCCUUUUUAUAUAUAAAUAUAAAAAAAUCUGUAUCUUGAUUUUUGAAAAUGUUAAUUCACUUUUUUAUUUUUAUAAAAAUAAAAGUGUAUAUAGA